AUGGAGAGUGGGAAGAGCUAUCGGAAUUUUCUGUGCAAUGUGCAAUGUUUGGCGGUUUAUUUCAUUAAUAUUGGAGUUGAUAAUGGUAAAUUGCAGGUUCGGGUGAAAGCUGCUCUUAACAAGCAGUCAAAAACUCGUCUGAUUGGUCCUAACUGUCCUGGUAUCAUCAAGCCUGGAGAAUGCAAAAUUGGAAUUAUGCCUGGGUACAUUCACAAACCAGGACGUAUUGGAAUUGUUUCUCGAUCUGGCACAUUGACUUAUGAAGCGGUGAAGUUUAUUUCUUGAGCAUUAAUAUUGUCUCUAGGAACUGUAACGAUGUUGACAGAUCUUGUGUUGUUUUUAUGCUGUGAGCCCCUCUGAUCAAUGGGACACCUGCCAUAGGAUUUCUUGUAUGCAGUCUUAUCUUUAGUGUUUGUGAUUUGUCCCCCCUUGGAAGAUGUCUCCCUUCAAUUUUGAUGUUCAGAGAGAAUUUUUAAUGGAUUUCUGAAUAGUGUUUUUUUGUUCAUUUUAUAUUUCUUUCCUUUAGGCAGGGUGUGUGAGUGCGUGUUUGGCUAUGGUUUUGGAACUCUUGAUCAAAUACCCUUGAACAACAAUUUUCUACAUUUAAAAAGUUGCAUAAUCUUCAUUUGAUUGUCAUCUUUUUUGAUCAUAAGUUCUCAUCAUUCACUUCAUUUGAAAUCACAAGAAGUAGUGAAGUCCAUUAUUACUUGUUUAAUCCGUCAUCUACAGUGGCAUCAAUUCCUGUGUAAAUUGUAGCAUGUUUGCUUUACUUUGUGAAUGUGUCAGGCAAGUAUGUUUGGGUUUGAUGUCAGCAAAUGAUGCAAACUUACAAGGGUUGAAGCCCAGGCAUGGAGGCCUGGGGGGCAUUCCUACGAUCCUUUCAGGAAUGGCAAAAGCACAUGAGCAGCAGAUGACAAGCAUCUAUAGUGAUAACACCUUGCCUCAUAGAAGUGUGUGAGGAUGUCCCCGUGUUAGACAGAUUUCAUUCACAGUGCUCUAAUUAUCUUUUCUGCUCUAAGUGCUUGCUCUUAAUGACAUCCGAGCCUUUCCAACACCAGAGCUGUGCUCUUGCUGUUUUCAUUGUAGUAGUUAUUCUACCAUUGUUUACCUGCCAGGAGUGGUACACAAGUCACAUCUAAAGUAAUUCUUUUAACGCAACUGUUUUCUUCCCCUAUAUUUAGAGCCUUUUUUUUCCCCUGAUAAUGCUUCCCAUGACACUGAAAGCAGAAGUGAUCCUGGUUUUUUCUCAAUUCCUUUCUCUUUUUUUUCCCAGAAGUAUGUUACUUUACAUGGAUUCAUGGUGGUAUGCAUCAGUAUGAUAUCUAAUAUUAGUUGCCUUUGUGCUUACCAAAAGGAAAUAUAAAUGAAUAAUUGUAUAUAUAUUUUGUGUAUAUAUUUGUUGCUUUGGCCUUUGACAUUGUUAGAACAUUUUGGAAUGAUCCUCAGUGGCAGAGCCACACUUAGGCCAGGGUGUGCCGGUGGUCCCCCUGCCAUUUGCCUUAAUCACUAUACAAUUUAGUACAUAUAAAAAACCUCUUGAUAUUUUGACCUGGUGCCACCAUUAAUUUUUUAAUCUUUCCUUUGGGACUUUCACAUAUCAAUGUCUUGACUCUUGAGAAAUAUUAUGUAAUUUCCAUUAAGUUUAACUCCAGUUACUUCUUAUCUAUUUAUGUUUUGACAAGUCAAAAAAUACACGGGUUGUGGUGGAUUUGAAAUAUUAUUCAAAUUAUUGUUAAUUGUUAGGCUCAGGGAUCAUUUUGGUUAUAUAUAUAUUGUCAAAAUUAUGUUUCUCAAUAAAAUUGAUGACGAUUUUCUAGUGGAUUAUUUGAUUAAGGUUGGAGAUUGAGAAUGAAUACUUGAGAGAUGGAGGAACGGAUUACUGGCAGUUGAGUUGGUCAAUAAUGUGGAGAUGUUAAGAUUGAUCUUAAAGUAUGGGUCCGGGUGCGCGUGGGCCCCGGAGGGGGAGAUGUAAGAAAAAAUUACCAACUUGAUCUUUAGCCCAAGUAUUAUAUUUGGUUAUUUACUAAAAUCUCUUUUGUGGGGGAAGGAUGGAUUGUAAGUGUAGAUGAUUUGGAAGAUAUAAUAGGAUAACAUGUAUGGUUAGGUUUCGCUUAUAUACUUGGUGGAACCUGACAUAUAUUAAACAAACCAUUCGAACUUUGCUAGUUCCAAGUGUGUUGAAUUGGAGAGCGGACUUCGCUAAUUAUAAUCGGUGUUGGAGUGCGCAAUGAAAGUGUUGUGGUUAUGUAGGUAAUGUAAAAAAUAUAAACUUAAAAAGUGAGAAUCAAUCUCUUGGAUAAUUAGGUGUUUAGUUUGAUAAUUAUAACUAUUGAGAAUCUUGUGAUGUCAACUGGGGAAAUGCGAGAGGUUCUACAACUGUGGUACGAUUCUUUAGCAAUGGGAAGUGUCUCUAAGGAUAGAGGCUAGUGCUUGAAUUAACAUGAGAAGAUUAUAGUUUUACACCAAGAAAAUUGAGAUGAACAUCUUUGGGUUCACUGGUAAAACUUGGGCAAACAAGGUCAUGGACGCCUUGGGCUACGCCAUGUCAUGAGUCGUGCACUCGGGAGUAGUUUGGAUGGGAAUAUUGUGAAUGGGAGCGUGGAGCUUUACAAAAAUGGAUGGGCAUUAGAAAGAAGAUUUGGAGCUUUAACAAAAUGUAUUUCAUAACAAUUUUGUGAAUUGACAUUUGACUAGGUCAAAAUUAGCUCGAAAGUUUGGAUAUAAGGGUACGCUCGAUCGGACGAGCAUUUAGGUCCGUCCGGACACAAAAAUUCCGUACAAAAGAGUCUUGUGGAAAAGGAGGAGGAGAAAGAAUAGGAGAUUGGAUCGAGGAUCGUUAGGAAGAGUGCGUAAAGAUCAACGAAAGACACAUAAGGAUCAAUUGUGAUGGAUUAAGGUAGGGUGUCUUUGCUUGUGCUAAAAAAAUAUCUGAUUUACAUCCUUAGUGCGUUCUUAGUUCAUAAAUCCUAAGUCUUGGAUAAUGAAUAUUUGAGAAUGUUUCCUUGCGAUCUCAUACAUGUUUUUAUUGAAAUCUUCCAUGUUUUAUGAGUUCCAAAAACUAUCGAUUGUUGCAUACUUGAUAUGUGUGAAGAGUAUGAUUUAAAUCUCAUGUAUUGGUGUGUUUGACGAACUUGAAUACAGCCGAACAUAUAUCGCAGUGUGUUUCAAUGAGGUUUUUACCACAAGGGGUUUGAAGAUUCCCAAUCAUUCGUAGUAGAGGUGUCUGGUUCUUGGUGAGGUUCCAAGGGUUCCCACUAUUCGUUCACUUUGACUGAUGCAGAGGGUUAAUAUAUUACUACUGAGGAGAAUUGGUUAGAUAGUGGCACGUCAGUAUUGGUUCUUCCUAAAGCUUUAUGGGGAUUGGUGAAUGAUGGUUCGUGAUUGUGAUGAUGUGGACCAGAUGUAUUUCAGUGUGUUGAAUUCUUACUAAUCAAACUGCCUACUCUCUUUGGAUCGAUUAUUUGGGUAAAUUCCUUUGUGUGCAUAAAUCCAUGAGAUCGUUACCAGUGUUCUAUAUUUUACAUCAAAAGUUGUGUAUUUACUUCUGAAAUUGAGACCUACCAUUUUUUAUGCGUUUUGUAAACCUUGUUUAGGUUUGGAAAGUUUUUCUAUUGAGCUAGUUAUGCUCACCCCUUCCUUAAUGUUUUCUAGAUUUGGGUAUUGAAGUGGGUAAAGGCUCAAGUGAGAGCGUUGAUUGGGAUUUUGAAGCGGAUUAGUGUGUGGAUCCGGAUUUCAAAGCUUAGAGAUUGAUUUUCUAGUUUUAGUUUAAUUGUUUUGAUGUUGAAAUACUAUUGUGAAUUUUUAUAGUUGAUUUAAAUUUGUGAAAUUGUUUUUGAUUUGAGGUUUUUCCGGGGUUGUAAGCUUUGAAUGGUGGAUUGGUGUUUUGGGGUUUCUAUUUAACUAGUUGAGGAUAGAUUCUCUUUCUUGAGUUAGUGGAUGAUUGUAUUUAGCAUGUUCUCACAUGAUAAAUUUUGAAUUAAAGGAUUUUUAUUUGAAUCACGUCGUUUUUUGAAAUUUGGGGUGUGACAUGAUGCAUGCACUUUUGAACUCAAUUUCGGUAGUCCUUAAUUUGUUUUUGAAAUGAGAAUAAAGAUAUUUGUAAGCAAAGAGGAGGCUUAUACAUAUAAUUGGAGAUAAUAUCUCAGUAAUUGUUCUACAAUUAAUUCCCUGAGGAAUUGAAGAAUCACAUAUAUGGUUUUUGGUUAUAUCUUUUCUGUUAUCUUGUACAAAAGUUUGAGCAGAGGGCGCUUGUAAUGCUUGAUCAUGUCCAGUCUCUCUCCUGAUAUUGAGUGGAGAUAUGAUCAACCUUGAAAACAAGUUUGAAGCAAUUGGUAAUGGGAAGUUGGAUUCACUAGAAUAGUUCUCUUUAUGAGAUCAAACGGUGGCAUGCAACUAGUAAUAAUAUUUAGGGGGAUCUCACCUUGCACCCUGAAAGGUUUAAGUGUUUCCACUUUGCACCCUGAAAGAUGAGA